AGCGGAGUUAGCUUAACUAGGAGUCAUGAUAGUGAAAUAGGAAUGCUCCUUACCUAAACCCUUACUGGGCGAUCGUGUCUUCUAACUUAGCUUAGGUCAACCCAGCUAAUAGAGAUAUCCUGCUUCGUGGAACACCCCUUGGUCCAUACCAGUGCUGAAACCAAACCUAUACGCCCUUUGGCAGGGGGUCUACAUUAGAAUGGUUAAUACAACUAGUGUCGUGCAAGUCUGGCGUGAUUUAGGAUUCGUGCAACUUUGUAGUGUAAUUAUUCAGUUACGGGUUGUGAUUAAAUUCAGUUGUUAUCGUGUAUGUGUACUGGUGACUGUACUUUACUUUAUCUGUCUUUAGUUUCAAGUUCUGUAUUCAACUGCUGCCGGUGCGGUUUUUAAAUUUAGCGCCGCGUUCGCUCUCCGCAGCCCCGGUGUCGGCUGGGCUCUGACGCACUCGGCUGGCCGCAUAGAGGUUCCAUAGUCUGAAUGGCGAUUGCAGCAGAGUCGCAGGGCAGAGGCGGCGGAGCGUACAGCGAGCUCAAUACGGCUCAAACCGCGGUCAAAAUGCGCGAUACGUGAAUGGUUACCUCGCCAUAAGAUGGAGGAUAGCUUCGAUUGUGACUGUGGUGAGCUGGAGCCACCCGAUCACUGAGAGGAGGAUUGGCGUUUAGCUGCUGGACUUCUGACUCUUAAACGGGCUGUAGAAAACCAAGCUGAAUAAAACUUUUGUGCCCGCUGGCACGGAAGUAUUACGCAACUCAGGACCACUCAUACACUGAAUGUAUCUGCACUGUGAAAUCAACUGCUUCAUUCCAUUGUGUUCCUUCAGACACUAAUAAAAACGUAAAGGCUUCGCAAAGGAAUGCUCCAUUAUUUUUUUCCUUAUUUUUUUGACCUUUUGAGCAAUGACUAAAUAUCUUACCUACAUAUCAGAGAAAUUCACCAGGCUUUGCUGGGGGCACAGCUGAAGGACAUAGAACUCUGUCGGCCUCAGUGGCUGUUUAUAAUUAGUUUAAGGAAAAAAUAGGUGGUUAUUUUUAUUUUUUCCCCUGAAAUGUCUUGCAUAGGGUUUUAAAUAUUCUUUAAUAAAAAUAGAACUCAAGCCCCUUUCCCAGUUGUUUCGGCAUUUGAUCAUAACCGGUUGAGCGCUUAAACUCUGCCCCUGUGAAAUGGCUGAGAAGUUUGAAAGUCUCAUGAACAUCCAUGGCUUCGAUCUGGGCCCCCGUUACAUGGACCUAAAGCCUUUGGGUUACGGCGGCAGUGGCCUGGUCUUCUCCGCCGUGGACAAUGACUGUGACAAGCGGGUGGCGGUCAAGAAGAUCGUGCUCACCGACCCCCAGAGCGUGAAGCACGCCCUGAGGGAGAUCAAGAUCAUCCGGCGUUUGGACCACGACAACAUCGUGAAGGUGUUUGAGACGCUUGGCCCCGGUGGCCGGCAGCUGACCGAGGACGUGAACUCCCUGACGGAGCUCAGCUCGGUCUACAUUGUGCAGGAGUAUAUGGAGACAGACCUGUGCAAGCUUCUAGAGCAGGGGCUGCUGUCUGAGGGUCACGCACGGCUCUUCAUGUACCAGCUGCUGCGGGGCCUCAAGUACAUCCACUCCGCCAAUGUUCUGCACAGAGACCUCAAACCUGCCAACCUCUUUGUCAACACGGAGGACCUUGUCCUGAAGAUCGGGGACUUUGGCCUCGCCCGAAUCAUGGAUCCGCACUAUUCACACAAGGGUCAUCUCUCUGAAGGACUGGUCACAAAGUGGUACCGAUCUCCCCGUCUCCUGCUGUCCCCAAACAACUAUACCAAAGCCAUCGACAUGUGGGCUGCCGGCUGCAUCUUUGCCGAAAUGCUGACGGGAAAGACGCUCUUUGCAGGUGCCCACGAGCUGGAGCAGAUGCAGCUGAUCCUGGAGUCCAUACCUGUGAUCCAUGAAGAGGACCGACAGGAGUUGCAGAGCGUCAUCCCUGUUUUUGUCCGCAAGGACAUGUCCGUGCCUCAGACCCCGCUGGCCAAGCUGCUUCCUGGGGUCAGCAAGGAAGCUUUGGACUUCCUGGGGAAAAUCUUGACUUUCAAUCCCAUGGACCGCCUUACGGCUGAAGAGGCCUUAGCCCACCCCUACAUGAGUGACUACUCCUUCCCGCUAGACGAGCCCAUCUCCAACCACCCCUUUCAUAUUGAGGAUGAGGUGGAUGACAUCUUGCUAAUGGAUGAGACUCACAGUCAAGUGUACAACACCUGGGACAGAUAUCAUGACAGUCAGUUCUCAGACCAAGACUGGCAUCUGCAUAGUACUCAUGAAGCAGACAAUGUCCAGCUGGACCCCCGAGCCAUGUCAGAAGUGACUGACGAAGAGGAGGUUCAGGUUGACCCGCGCAAGUACCAGGAUGGGGACCGGGAGAAAUUUCAGGAAGACCCAGUGUUUGAUUCCUUCUUUGCCUCAGAGUUCUCUUGGCAGGCCGACGAUCACCACGAAAACAAAUACUGUGACCUGGAAUGUGGACACACCUGCAACUACAAAGCUGUCUCUCCCUCAUACCUGGAUAACUUGGUGUGGCGUGACAGUGAGGUCAACCAUUACUACGAGCCCAAGCUCAUCAUUGACCUAUCCAACUGGAAGGAACAGAGUAAAGAAAAGGCAGACAAGAAGGGAAAGUCCAAAUGCGAGAGAAACGGCUUGGUCAAGGCCCAGAUUGCGCUUGAGGAAGCUUCUCAGGAUCCUGCUGAGAAGGACAAGCAGCAGGAGAAGAACCAAGGCUUUGACUUUGACUCCUUCAUUGCCAGCACCAUCAAGCUCAGCCUGCAGCCAGAUUCCUGCGAGGUGGGCCUCCUCAAUGAACUGAACAGCGAGGUGGGCCUCCUCAAUGAACUGAACAGCGAGGUGGGCCUCCUCAAUGAACUGAACAGCUCCGUCUCGCAGAUGGAGACCAAGAGCCCCGUGCCUAAGUCCAUCAGCCAAGAGAAGGAAGAGAAGUGCCUGGUGAACCUGGCCCAGCUGGAAGGCCGGACGCCCCAGCCCUGGGAGAGCUUUAGCCGUGCGGAUGUUACUGGAGAAGAGAGCUGCUUGAUCGACGAAGUUCGCUGGGAUGUGAGGAAGGAUGAGCAGCUGCAGAAGGAGACCACCUGCACAAGCUAUUUGGACAGGCUGUUCAGUAAGAAGGAGGAGGUGCAAGAGCCAGUGGCAGUGGAGGUGGAUGAGGGCUUUGUGAGCAGAAAUGGAGAGCUUGUGUUUAACGUGCAGCUGGACUCCUUGGCAGUUCCCCGGUUUGACAGCCCUGCUGAUUCUCCCCUCAAGUCCAUACAGACGACCCUGACGCCCUCAGCCAUAAAGUGUUCCCCUCAAAUCGCUCAUAAAACCUAUAGUAGCAUUUUAAAACAUCUAAAUUAAUGACCCAAAUAUUUUAAAAUAGUAGUUCUGAUAUUUUACUUGAAUUAUUGGUUUUUAUGCCUCCUUUUUAUAAUUUGUAUGUAACUGAGCAACAACCAGUUGUAUUUGGCUUAAGGGAGUUUAUGACCAUGUUGUAUUUGGGAAAAAAACCGGCAUGCCAUUUGCACACGAUGUGAUGUCGAAAAACCAGCACAGAAGAGGUAUGGGGGGGGGGGUGAGAAAGUCACGGUGGAGUCAUAUAGCAGAAGGAGGGGCCGAAACACUACUGGGGGGAGAGGGGGGGCAUUGGGUGGUGGGAAAUGCACUCCAAGGAACUGGGUCGAGUCACAGCCAAUACGUUUUUGCCCUUUUCAUCUGUUUGAAAGUUUAUCGUCACAAUUUAUUAAUGUAUCUUCCCAAAAACAUUGUCUAAAACACAUUUUAUAAUUCAAACCCCUCAUUGUACGUGUGGUGAAAUCAGCAGCCGUUAAAUGUUGAUUUUUCUUUUCUUUUCUCUAAUUGUUAUCUACCUCGAGGUAACAGCAGAACGUGGGCAGAUCUCAGCCACAGCAGUGCUUUACAGACACACCCUCCAUCGCAUCCGACACAUGCCGAUGUCGCUUGCUUUGUGUUAUUUCGCCUUUUGCCAUAGUGAAUUGAUGAGGUCAUUAUUUAUUUUUCAGCGGACAUGUGAUAUUUAUUGUGAUGUGUAAUUUCAAUGCGAGUGUUGGAAAAGCAAAGGAAAUUGAUUUGCAUAAUCUUCUGUGGAACAUGCAGUACAUCAGCAUCUAACUUAAAGUAUCAUUUGCUUAAUUUUAAGCUGUGAUUUUUCUUUGCUUAAAUGCGCAAUUUUUUUUCAUCCCGCUGAUUUUUAUUUAUUUUUUAGUUAGAGGUACUUCUAUUCUUUUACUAUAGAGGAAAAUGGAAUUGAAAAUGUGCCUCUAAGUCUUAAUUUUUUAAAUAUAGAAUAUAGCAUUAGAGUCGUGUGCAUGGACAAAACAAAUGAAAGGUACAUGGAAAUUAGAAGCAAACUGUAUGUCAUCGUUUAAUUUUAUAUUUUUAUUACAAUUUGUAUUUUUUUCCAAACAAGCAUGAAUAAAUUAGGUUACACGGUAGCAUGUAGGAAGUUAAUGGAAAUUUGUUUUGCUUUUAAAUGUUGGUAUUUUAUUAUUGGUUCUCUUGUUCUAAAAAAUAUGAAUAAAAUCCCCAACAAAUAUACAAA